UGAACCGAUCCCCGGUCGAGAGCCGGUCCCGUCGCACCCCUUCUACGUGGGGGAUCGAUUCCCCUCACUGUCCACUUCGUAAAACCCUAACCCUAAUCGGCACCGCGAAGAGCUCCCUCGGCGGCGGAAAUGGAGGCGACGUUGUCGUUCUCCCCCGAGAACCCCCCUCUCUCGGUCAUCGCCGCCGCGAGGAUCGGUGGUGCCGCCCUCUCCGCCGAUCCCGCCCUUCCUCCCGGCUCCGCCCCCGUGCUUCGCUUCGAUUCGGGAGAAGAGUUGCGUGGAUCCAACACGACACUUCGCUACUUUGGACGAUGUGCAGCGAUUCCUAACUUCUAUAAGCGGGAUGCCCGUGAAUCAGGGCAGAUUGAUGAAUGGCUUGAAUUUUCCCCUAUAUUUCUUACUGGCUCCGAAUUUGAGAGUGCCUGCGCCUACGUGGAUAGUUUCUUAGCUCUGCGGACCUUUUUGGUUGGUUAUAGUUUGUCAAUUGCCGACAUUGCAAUAUGGUCAGGUCUCGCAGGAACUGGGCAGAGAUGGGAAAGUUUGAGGAAAUCGAAGAAAUAUCGAAACCUCGUUCGUUGGUACAACUCUGUAGCAUCUGAAUAUGGGGAUAUUCUGAAUGAAGUUACGGCUGCAUAUGUUGGGAAAAGAGGGUUAGGAAAGUUACCUGCUGCUAAUCAUAGAGGUGCAGAUCAGGGUCCGUCUCAAGUUUCGAAAGAUACGGAGGUGAAUAAGGUGGUCAACUCGAAAGAGAGUGCUUCUUCUUUUGAAGUAGACCUUCCGGGUGCAAAAGUCGGAGAGGUUUGCCUCCGAUUCGCACCGGAGCCUAGUGGAUACUUGCACAUUGGCCAUUCAAAGGCCGCGCUUCUAAACCAAUACUUUGCUCAGAGGUAUCAAGGCCGUCUUAUCAUUCGAUUUGAUGAUACAAAUCCUUCGAAAGAAAGCAAUGAGUUUGUGGAGAAUCUCUUGAAAGAUAUUGAGACCUUGGGAAUCAAGUAUGAUGCCGUCACUUACACGUCAGAUUACUUCCCACAGUUGAUGGAAAUGGCUGAAAAUUUGAUUAGGAAAGGAAAAGCCUAUGUAGAUGAUACGCCUAGGGAGCAGAUGCAGAAGGAGAGGAUGGAUGGUAUUGAGUCGAAAUGUAGAAAUAAUACUGUCGAGGAGAAUUUAUCGUUGUGGAAAGAGAUGGUUGCAGGAUCUGAAAGAGGCAAGCAGUGCUGUUUGCGGGGUAAAUUAGACAUGCAAGAUCCUAACAAAUCACUAAGAGAUCCUGUUUAUUAUCGGUGCAAUCUUGAUCCUCAUCAUCGUAUUGGUUCGAAGUACAAGGUGUAUCCUACGUAUGACUUUGCUUGCCCCUUCGUUGAUGCCAUUGAGGGCGUGACUCAUGCCCUUCGCUCGAGCGAAUAUCAUGAUCGCAAUGCCCAAUACCAUAGGAUACUUGAAGAUAUGGGGUUGCGGAAGGUGCAAAUAUAUGAGUUCAGUAGAUUGAAUAUGGUUUACACCCUUUUGAGCAAGCGCAAGCUUCUUUGGUUUGUUCAGAACGGGAAAGUUGACGGAUGGGAUGAUCCUCGUUUUCCAACCGUACAAGGCAUUGUACGGAGAGGCUUGAAAAUUGAGGCGUUGAUUCAAUUCAUUCUUCAGCAGGGCGCUUCGAAAAAUCUGAAUCUCAUGGAGUGGGACAAGUUGUGGACAAUCAACAAGAAGAUAAUCGAUCCAAUAUGUCCGAGGCAUACCGCCGUGCUCGAAGAACAGCGUGUUAUUUUGAUCCUUACAAAUGGUCCUGAGAAACCAUUUGUCCGGAUCAUACCCAGGCAUAAAAAAUAUGAGGGUGCUGGAAAGAAGGCCACAACUUUUACAAAUAGAAUUUGGUUAGACUAUGGUGACGCUUCAUCUAUCUCAGAGGGUGAGGAAGUCACUUUGAUGGACUGGGGCAAUGCCAUCAUAAAAGAAAUCAAAAAGGAAAAUGGAAAAAUCAUUCAGCUAAUUGGCGAGUUAAAUCUUGAAGGCUCAGUCAAAACAACAAAGUUGAAGCUAACAUGGCUUCCAGAUUCGGAGGAGCUAGUCCGUCUUUCAUUGGUCGAAUUCGACUACUUAAUAAGGAAGAAAAAGCUUGAAGAAGGGGAGGACUUCCUCGACAACCUCAACCCGUGCACGCGGCGAGAGACUGCGGCCCUCGGAGAUUCCAACAUGCGGAAUCUGAAGCGCGGGGAGAUCGUGCAGCUCGAAAGGAAAGGCUAUUUCAGAUGCGACGUCCCGUUCCUCCGACCGUCGAAGCCGAUCGUUCUGUUCGCAAUCCCCGAUGGGAGGCAACAAGCAUCUCUCAAUUGAGGGCAGUUCUGUAAUGUUAUGAUCAUAUCAGGCAGUCUCCGGCAUCUGAUACUACUAAUCUGAUCUGCAGUAAAAUUUUGACAUAUCAUUUUUCUGGAAUUGGAUGUGUUUUUUUUUUUAAUAUAAAUUCUUAUUUUUCAGAUUUGAAAGUUAAUUGUUGAAUAGAGUACAGAGAAUUUGUCGUACAGUCGUCGUCUUUUUCGCUUUGCUGACGGUAAGGCAGUGUUUAAUGCAUACUUGUUAUGAUAUGUGAACACUCAACUGUUA